AGCUGUCAUCUAGUAAAACAAACUCAUAGUGGCGGCAUUUUGUUGUUGUGAGGUUAUAAAUUUAUUACUCUGAAUAAUUCGUUUACUACUUUCUAUAUAGGGAAACAAAAACAAUAGCAAUGAGUUUUGAAAAAUCACUACAGCACACACCAUUCAGGAACAAAAAGUCUCGUCAUCUACUGCAUCGAGAUGACACCUUGAAUCUAUCACCAAUCCUCAACGAAACGUCGAUUUUCAAAAACCUGAAUGAUACAAGUUUGAGGCAAGUGCUGGAUGAAUCCUCCAUACUGGUGCCUACUGGUAAUGCUGGCGAAGGAUUGAGGGAAGCAUUUUUUGAAAUAAUACAGGCUAGUCGCCCCACUGACGUGAUCGACACCCUCGCGAGACUGUCCCAGGUGUGCUGCGACUCACUGGAGCUGGUGGAGCCGUGGAACCGCUACAACGUGCACAACUACUGGCUGGCUGAAGAAGCAAACACAUGGAAGUUGCUCCAUUGCAUGUACUCCGACUCAAUCAAUGACCACCCAGAAUCCAUAGACAACUUGAUAACUGAAGUCACUCUGUCUCAGCAAACAUUAGUGAGUGCAUUAUUCCAAUGCGACUCUGAGUUACGAUUGCUGCAGCUACUUGUGGACUGGCUAGAAGCAACGGCCGCCUACCAGGAGGAAGCAACCAAGACCACGGCUCCUAUCAUCGGUAAUAAUGUACAUUGGGGUAACACACUUCACCAGUUACUUAUUGGCACUAGUCUGUUCAACAAGGAGAAGAACAAGGCUAUGAUCACAUGCAUGGACCCUGAUGCUCCAAGAAGGGAGAAGAAAUCUAUCCACUCAGAUGAUCAGCAAGAUGAUAUUGACCUGUGCAAGAGAAUAUUUACUGAGGUGAGAUGUGGGAAGUUCAGUGAAGCUAUCUCCUUGUGUGUGAGUGCGGGGCAGGCCUGGCGCGCCGCUGUGUUGCAAGGAUGGAGACUACUGCACUAUGAACCUAAAGAGGGUACCAAUGAUCAGUUGGAAAUUACUGGUAAUCCUAACAGAGACCUUUGGAAAUGGUGCUGUCUUGGUUUAGCCAAUGAUGUCACAGAAAAUAUACACUACAGAGCAACAAUAGGCAUUCUAUGUGGUCACUUGCCCAGUACAAUACCUGCGUGCCAAGGGAACUGGGAGGAUCUACUGUGGGCACAUUUGAGAGUGCAGAUUGAAGCUAGAGUGGACAAAUUCCUCCGUGAACACCAUGUCACUGCACACGCCAACACCACCUCACAGGAAGUACUUGAUCUACUUCAAGCAGAACACCAGACUGAAGAACUGUCACUACACCAAGUAUUCAGUGCAGUAAAUGCCCUCAUGGAAAAUAAGAAGGAGUCACAUUACCAAACCUGUCAAAAACAUCUGAUGCUGGGCCAUAUCAGAGCAAUCAUGCAGGAUUCCCUGAAGUGGAUUGAAACUGCUGAAGAAAAAAUCAUUAGAUUUUUGGCUCAUUUAGUCCUAGUUCUCAGGCAAAUGGGGAAGGAUCCUCAACAUGAUAUUGGAGAUAAAAUUCUAGAGAAAUAUGUGGUUCAACUGGUAGACGGACAUACAGAUGGUUCAGUGGACUGUCCAGAGCUCAUUGCAUACUACACAUCCACUGUACCAGUUGACCAUCAAGUGUAUCUGUAUGCUGAUCUCAUGGACAGAGUACAUAAACCUGAUUACAGGCCUGCAGUGGUUAAAGCUGGUUCAAAUGCUGGUCUAGAUGUUGCUGCUUCAGCCAGGAUUGCCAUAAAGAAAGCCAUUACUGAUGUCCAACAAGGCUAUGGUAACAUAGACAUGACUUUCACACAGACUGGAACAGUUGAGAGUGAUAAGUCUCUGAUAUCCAAAGUUAUCUCUUCCCUAGAAUGGCUAUCACUCCUCCCAGAUCAGUUAGAAGAAGCUCUAUGGCUCAGCAAUGCUAUGAUCCGCACAUUCAUCUUCAUUGGCAACACUGAUGCUGCAUCAUCUUGCAUUGCUAGUGUCAACCAAUUGUUCUCUUCAUUUGUAACCAAACUGCCUUCAACAUCUUCUGAACUAAGAGAGCAUUUGUGUUUGAAGGCAUAUUUAGAGGCAUUGGAUGGAUUUGCAACAUGGUACAGGCAUUUCAUCAGUGGACAACCAAAGGAUGUAGAGCCUUUGCCUCCAGACGCGACAUUCACAGAUAAAGUCCACCAUGAGCAGAGAUGUGCGCAAGUAGAGCAGCAGAAGGCGCGGUGGAUACAGGCAGUGCUGCACCAAUCACGUCACACAAAGAAUUUACUUUACAAUGUGUUGCUCUUCCCCGGAGGCUGGCUACAGGACGAGUCUGAUAGCACAUCGUCGCCGAACUUCAGCUCAGAUGAGAAGGAUGAGAGAGCUAAGCAACUGGAAACUCUAAGGCGUCUGUGCAUCCCUGAAAUAACCAUACUUAUUCUGAAGAUAUUGCAGAGCAAUGAUGAUGUGGACAACCACAAAGAGGCCGUCAAAUUAAGCAACCUCAUUGCAGCAGAGAACAGAAGCCUUUACAAAGUAUUCACUAAGGAUAAGCUGAUAGAAGUGCUGGACAGAAUCAAGGAAUCUUCUCUGCUGCUUCUGGAAAACGACAGGGAUAUGUUUGGUUACGAAAUAAACGAUGAUUAGAUUAAGGCUUUAGUUUUGUACUCCAUGUUAGCAUUUAAUAAACGCAUUUGUCUUUAAAAUA